ACAAACAUGGCGGACUAGUAGUAGUCUUAACUGGAAGUUGUCCUGCAAUUUUCUUCCAGUUUUUACUGCGUAGGACGCUGGUUGCGAUUUAAUUGUGGACAUCCUUCAUCAAAGUUUAAUUUUAAAGUGUUUGUAGACCUCUUGAUUGCUUUAUUUCUGCAUUGGUUGGAGAUCUAACCGCAAUUUUAUUGAAUCUCCCGCGUGCCGUAGAUCAAUGUCUGAACAAAGUGAAACAUAAUCUUUACAAUCAUCGUUUAGAUUAUGUGUUAUUUAUCAUGUCUAUGAGCAGCGAUGAGGUCAACUUUCUAGUUUACAGAUAUCUUCAAGAAUCAGGAUUUCAGCAUUCUGCUUUUACUUUUGGAGUGGAGAGCCAUGUAGACCAAUCAAAUAUUAAUGGAUCCAUUGUACCACCUGGUGCUCUGGUGUCAAUCAUUCAGAAAGGUGUACAGUAUGUUGAGGCGGAGGUGACAUUAAAUGAGGAUGGAACAAUACUUGAUGACGGCAGUGAACUAGAUCAUGUUUCCCUCAUUGAUGCUGUCUUACCAGACAUAGUAACCACAAGACAUACAUUGUUACAUAAUCGAGGGAUGAAACCAGAAAUUGGAAUAAAACUUGAGGAUGGACAUUACACUCAUGUCAAUUCUAUGGGACAUGGUGAGAUGAUGGAGAUCGAUGGCACAGUUAAUGAUGCAGGGAGCAACAAAGCAUUGAUAUUGAAAGGCCAUGAACAUGAGGUGUUUGUGUGCUCUUGGAAUCCCUCUCAGGAUAUACUCGCAUCUGGAUCUGGAGAUGGUACAGCAAGACUGUGGCCAAUAAAUGAGACAGGAAUAGGAACACCUAUCAUUCUACGUCAUCAAUUCAAAGAUUUAGAAAACCAUAAAAAUACAACCAAGGAUAUAACGUGUCUGGAGUGGAAUAAUGAUGGAACUCUGCUAGCCACAGGUUCAUGUGAUGGGCAGGCAAGGAUUUGGUCUCCAGAAGGGGAACUGGUUAAAACACUAGGUGAUUACAAAGGACCAAUAUUUUCCAUCAAAUGGAACAAGAAAGGAAACUAUCUAAUAAGUGCUGGAGUGGAUAAGAGUACUUUUGUUUGGGACUCAAAUAACUGGGAAGUUAAACAGCAAUUUUCUUUCCAUCAAGCCCCCAUACUAGAUGUAGACUGGCAAAACAACACAAGUUUUGCAUCUUGUUCAACCGAUAAAAUCAUACAUGUCUGUAAAAUAGGAGUUGAAAAACCUGUCAAAUCAUUUCAAGGACACACUAGUGAAGUGAAUACAAUUAGAUGGGAUCCAUCAGGGUCUUUCCUAGCAUCAUGUUCAGAUGAUCUAUCAGCUAAGAUAUGGAGCACCAAACAAGAUACCUGGUUGUUUGAUCUCCAAGGUCAUAAAAAAGAAAUAUAUACAGUAACGUGGAGUCCAACAGGACCAACAACAGUGUUUCCUAAUGCACCUCUUCUCUUAGCAAGUGCUUCAUACGACACAACAGUCAAACUAUGGGAGCUGGAGCGUGGCUCCUGUGUUCUUUCUCUCUCCAAACAUCAAGAAGCAGUGCACUCUUUGUCGUUUAGUCCUGAUGGCAGAUACAUUGCAUCAGGGUCUUUUGACAGGGCACUGAAUGUCUGGUCAACACAGACUGGCACGCUAGUUCAUAGUUACCAUGGUAAUGGGGGUGUAUUUGAAGUACAGUGGAGUCCAAGAGGAGAUAAAGUAGCUGCGUGCUUUUCAGACAAUACGCUGUGCGUUUUAGACGUCCGGAAUCUCUGAUGUUUUUAAACCUCAUCCUAUGUACAAAUGUUCCUGGAGAACUUCAAAAGUAACUUUCCAUCACUCAGUCCACCACAGAGAAGUCUAACGCAAGAGAACUCGCAACUGUCAGCUAGUUGUGAUAACUUGAAAAUCCAUGAAAUGCGUCAAUUUACAGAACCAACGGACCAAAAAACCAAUUUUGAUUUUCACUAUCGAAAUAUCGCUACUGUUUGCUUGAUGUUGACUGAGAAAAUUCGAUUUUUUUAAAUUUAUUUUCAAGGGAUGAUACGUAUUUAUAUUUUUGAGUGCUGGCCCCAGCAGAGGACGUAUACCCGAAGAGUUUUCGGCUGUUUUUCCAAAAGGAAAAUAGCAAGAGGGUUCGGAAAGAAGUCGGUAACAUAUCGAUAUCGUGUGACAUUGUAAUGACCGACAACUUUUCCUACAUUAAUUUUAGUCGACUUUAACAAUGAAUAUUUCAACCUCUGUCAUUUUCAUCGUUGUGGAAAGUUUUCUUUAGUUCUGCGCAAGAACGCGUAUUUAUUAAUUCUGAUGAUAAUCUUUUUUAAUAUUUGUUGCCUUAAUACUUAAAUCGCUUCAAACUUCACUUUAACUACUACCAGUUCUCAUUGUGGCUCAUUACGCGAAAGUGAAAAAUCUCUUCCACGUUGUUUGGACCGCUGAAGAGAAAAGCUUUUGGUGUCCAAUCAUUACCUCGAUUGUUAUGUAGUAAACAUUUGUGUUUUUAUCGUGUAUCAUAUCACCAGACAUAUUCUCUUCCGAUGUAAUUAUGUUGAAGAAAUUCUAUCAAUAGGCUGUACUUUUAAAUUACAAAUAUCAACAUUAAAUUUUAAAGUGCAUAACUAAGUAAUAU